UUACAUUUGUGUUGUGCUAGUACUACCAGCAGCAGCAGCAACAACAAAUAAACAAACAGCGAAUAUAGCAGCACCAACAACAAAAACAACAAAAGUUAUAUUAAAACGUUGUCGUGGGACGAACUUAAAACGAAGUGCGUGGACGGAAAUAGCAAGGGAACUGGCAGUCAGAGAAGUGGAGAUAGGAAGACAGGAAGACAGGAAUCCAGGGCGCUAUAGAAACGUUAAACACGCUGCUCAGCAGGUUGCGUUUAUUCUACAUCAAGGUAACUUCAUUUACGUCCAGACGCAGUUGAAAUAAACGACUUCACGACGCUGGCGGAUUUGCUGAAAAAUAUACAAUCCUUAUGGCUAACGAGCUGGUUUAGCUCCGACAGCAAGAGGAGCAACAACAACUACAAGAACACUAACAAACAAGCGAAUAGUAGCGCUGUUGACGCCUGCGUUUACACGCUACAACAGCAACAGGAACAACAACAACAACAGCAGCAACAGCAACAAGGGAAGCAGCAUAAAUUUCCACUUCAAUUGAACUUGUAUAGCAGUAAUUGUAGCUUUGAUUACCAGCAACAGGAGCAACAGCAGCAACAACAAUUCAGCCAUUAUCGGAGCAGUCGCGUGCAAAAACAAACGCGACAACAACAGCAACAACAACAACAUCAAUGCGCUUCAGCCGAAGAGCAAUCAACACUUUCAAUACAACAACUUCAGCGACAGCACGCCAAUAAAUCGCCAGCAGCGGAAAUAUACGAAACACAAUUCAUUGAGAGCUCAAUGGGCCAUACAAUGGACGACGUGGUCUAUCAGUGCAGCAAUCAAAACUCUAUUUACGUUCUGAAUGCCAGCUACAAUGCAUAUAGUGACUUUGGCUCUUAUGCGCACUUGGAGGGCGUGCCAAAUCAGCGCGAAAUAAAUUGCAGCAAGACAGCGAGACAACCAAUCGAGGCACCAAGUUGCACGAGUGGGCCAUGCAACUUGCAACAUAAAUUAAAAAGUUUUGCGAGCAGCUCAACAACAGCGACAGCAGUAGCAGCAGUAGCAGCAGGAGCGGCGGCAGCGGCAGCAACAAUGCACUGCACAAUGAUGGCAACGACGAUAGCAACAACAAUGCCAGCAACUAUGUCAUCAAGCUACGUAAAUCCGGUCGCUACAUCAAUGUCAACCGCAAUGUGUUCACCGGCAACAACAGCGCUCCAGAAAUUGUUCAAUUGCAGCAGCAGCAGCGUUGGCGUUGGCGGCAUUGGCAGUAUCGGCGGCAGUGGUGGCAUCAAUAGCUGUGGCGGCAUAUGCCAAAAUGUCAGCCACAGAAAUCAGCAGCAGAACCACAAACAUAGCAACAACAACUGCAGCGGCCAUAACAAUGGUGCGCCAAGCUGCCUGUCAGCCGCAACUGCAACAGCAACAGCGGCAGCAACAACAGCAGCCGCAGCAGCAGCACACAGAGGCAUUGUCGCUGGCAGCGAUGUGCAGGACGUCUCGGCAGCAGGUGCACUACUUGGCUCGGUGAGCAAUAAGAAAAAAUGCACAAAUGUCAAAUCAACGCUUAUUGCCAAGAAGACAAAGUUUUUGAAAUUUCUCGAAGAAGAAAAAUGGCGCAACCACCAAAUGCUGCAACAACAGGCAGGCGGGGCAGCUGCAACGGAUGCAUUGGGCAGAAGCAAUGAGGCGGAGCGGCAAGCCGCAUCAACGUUGCCAGCAUCAUUUGUGGCCCACUCAGCCGUGCAGGAGCGCAACAGCAACAGAAACAACAGCAACAGUUUGAAAAAUGGUAACGACAACAAUCACGAGGCGACAACGUCAACGAUGGAACAGCAAAGCAAAUUGAACAAUUGGAGCAUAAAUAAUGGCAACAGCAAUAGCAACAGCAACAGCAACAAACUAACUAACUAUUCACAACAACAACAACAGAUGCAGCAACAAGAUCAGAAUAAACAACAGAAAUAUAAACAACAGCAGCAAACAGCGAAAUCCAGCUACGAACUGUAUCAGGAAGCCGCCGACAUUUUGGGUCUAAGCUGCACACUCUGUGAUAAUUGCCGCUGUUUGGACUGUCAGAGUGGCUACUUUGAUUGCGACGAUGAUGACAGCUAUUCGGAGCACUCGCUCAUGGACGAAUACGAUGAGUUCGAACAAUACGAGCAAUAUGAUGAUUAUACAUCCGGCCCAAUGACUGGCAUGGCCAUGGUGUUGACAAUGCAACAGCAGCGACAGCGACAACAACAACAGCAGGAACACACGACAGGCCAUCAUGCAAACUGUGAUGUCGAACAACAGGACCUGCCGGCCACGUCUGCGUCCUAUUCAUCUAUAUGCUAUGCUGUUAAUUGUCAGCAUGAGUGCAACAAUGUGUGCAUCGAUGAGGGUCCGAAAGCCAGCACCAGCACCCCUACCAGCACCAGCAGCAGCCCCAAUUCCGACUUACAGGAGGAGGAUGCGAGUCAGAGUUGCUUGCUGCCAGCAUCAAAGCACAGGACUCCUGAUGUUCAUGAUGGCAAGCAUGAGAUUGCCAUCGAUUUUGAUUUAAUUAACGUAACUAGCAGCCAAGUGCUGGAAAAUUGUGAAACGUUCAAUGAUUUGAGUCUGUUGGAUGUGAAACAGCAACACCAGCACCACCACCAGCAGCAGCAGCAGCAGCAGCAAGGAAGACAACACGUGGAACCAUUAACGUAAAGUGAGUUCCCAGAGGCAUUUCGACUAUUUAAACAUUUACCAUACACACACACAUACACAAAUACAUACGAAAUGAACGUCAAAAACAAACAAAGCUUCAUCAUAGACAGCUAAUUAAAUUAAAACUACAAAAGCCCAUGAAUGGAUCUGACACCUUGCCAUUAGUUGGGGCAACAUCAAAUAUAUAGCCUAUUCCUACGCAAAGGGAAAACUAGUAUUAUUUGCUUUUCAUUUUGAUUUUCGUUUAAAUUCAACAUGCCAAAGUCCCACUAAACAAAUACUGCAGAUUUGCAAACAAUUACAGCCCGAGGCUUAAUUCGGCAUCCGUAGAAUAAAAUGCGGAAAUGAAAUGGCAUUAAAGUUACGCUCAAAAGGAUGGUGAAAGAAAAAUAAUGUACGUAGCAACAUUUCAUAUACUAUAUAUAUAGAUAGUUACAGUUAAUUGCGCACAGACGUGUCAUCAUGAUUAAGUAUGGUAAAAGAAUUAAUUACAAUUUAAAAUGCAAAUUGUAUG